GCGUCAUUUGCGCUUUGUUUAUGCCGAUGAAGAGUCAAGACCCGAGUGGAUCUGGACCACAAUGUCCCUGCAUUGAGGACAAGGCCUCAAUUCGCUUUAGAGUCCAGUCUUACCCCGGGUUCAAAACAGGCCUGGAUUGGCGGUGGGGACACAACAGCUGAGAAGCCAUGAGGAGAGUUCGGAGAAAAGGGGCCAGCAAAGACAAGGUGUUUGGUUGCGAUCUUCUGGAGCACCUGAACGCCUCCGGCCAGGACAUCCCUCAGGUGUUGCGGUGCUGCAGCCAGUUUGUCGAGGAACGUGGCGUCGUGGAUGGCAUCUACAGGUUGUCCGGUGUUUCAUCCAAUAUCCAGAAACUCAGGAGCGAAUUUGAGAGCGAUGGGACUCCGGACCUCAGCAAGGAAGUAUACCUGCAGGACAUCCACUGCGUCAGCUCCCUGUGCAAAGCGUACUUCAGGGAGCUGCCCAACCCGCUGCUCACGUACCAACUUUACGACAAGUUUGCCGAGGCUGUGGCCGUACAACUGGAGGAGGACCGGCUGGUAAAAAUCCAAGAUGUCCUGAAGGAACUUCCAACGCCGCAUUACAGGACUCUAGAGUUUCUAAUGUGCCACCUCGUCAAAAUGGCCUCGUACUCGGCCCAGACCAACAUGCAUGCCAGGAACUUGGCCAUCGUCUGGGCCCCCAAUCUGCUUCGGUCAAAGGACAUAGAGGUGUCCGGUUUCAAUGGCACCGCAGCCUUCAUGGAGGUCAGGGUCCAGUCCAUCGUAGUGGAGUUCAUCCUCACACACGUCCCUCAACUGUUUCCUGAGCCGAGUGUGGAAUGCAGCAGGAGAAAGUCUCUUCCCUCCCCGAUCGCCAUUUCCGGCCAGGAGGAACUCCUGUUCAAGGCUCAGCCUCCCACCAACUUUGGACACAUCAGUCCAGGGGAUGGUCCACUCCCAAUGAGACCAUACCACGCUAUCAUAGAAGGCACGGACAAGAGGAAGGGCUCCUUCAAAGGAAGGAAAUGGAUGUCCAUUUUCAAUAUCGGCAGUCGCUUCCAUGACCCAAGAAGACGGCAUAAACACUCAGCCAAAGAGAAGGACACACAGGUGUUGCGUCCAGCUCGAAGCAUGGACUCACUCAGCAUUGCGUCAUAUUCAAAUGAAGAUUGCAUACGUCCUCUGCAUACAUCCCGUUCCGCUAAAAUGUCCGUCUUGGAAGUUGCGUCGUCACCGAGCCCCUUAAGCGGAAGCGAAUAUGCAGUGACCUACCGCAGGGGAACAGGAGUUGUGAGCGGGGGCACCCAGGGCACCUACACGGCCCUUGACGCCGAAGGCUCGGGAAGCAGAGAUGGCGAAACUGUCCAAACCAGGUCGCCGGGACUCUCCACAAAGGGGGGACGGAGAGCUGCCAUGCACAUCACCGGGCCCACUGUGGUCACGGUGCCGUUACACAUCACCUCCAACUUGGCUUUGGGCCUUCUGCAGGGAGGCGGCUCCAACCGGGUAGUCCACCGGGGCAGGGAUAAGGAGGGAGGACAUAAAGGGGAGAGGAAGGACAAUGGAAGAAUGGAAAUGGAAGUUGAAGAACUUGGGAAAGGUAAAGAAGAGAAGAAAGAGGUGACACACGGAAAGGAAACCGUCACAGACGAAGACGCAAAUGCAGUGGUUGACAAGGAAGAAGACGAGAACGAGGAAGCAGUUGGGGGAGACUGCACAAUGGAACCAGCAGCAAAAGAAACGUGUGCCAAAAGCCUGAUUUACAAUGUAGCUGAAGAUGUUUGUCAACAAGAUUAUGAAGAUAUGCAAGGAGAGGCAUCAGCCGGACCCCAGGAAAACAAUGUUUUUGAUUCUUCUGAGGUCCUCAACUCCACUCAGCUGGAGCAGGAUGACCAGGAGCUGUCGGGCUAUGUUCAAGACAACUUUGAAUUCCUGGAUCACAUGGACUGCAGUGUCUCCUGUCAGAUUCCUCUCCACUUCCUGCCGGACUGUGCUUCCCAAGUAAACGAAUUCUCCGUAGAACCUCCCGGACAUUCCGACGACGAAUAUGAACUCAUGGUACAACCCUCGCAUCACGCCGCGGGGCCCGACACCAGCCCGGCCAUCAGCCCGGAAAUAAACACUCAAAGCCAGCUGAAGUUCCACAGGCCUUGCAGUGUCGAUGCGAACGAGAGACACGGGAAAUCCCUCAGCUUGCCUCACAUGACCUCGCCUGUGUGCGAACCAGGCAAAUGUUGCUCUGGCAAUGACGACAGUCCGACCGAUGACGACACGACUGACUACGGCAGCAGUGACGAAGACGACAGCUUGUUCGUUAAGAGCCUCCCUGCGGACUUCUUUCUAAGCAAUUCGUGUGAUCUUGAAACAAAUGAUACGCCAACUGUCACUGUAGAUGCCACGCCGCAAGACCACUCGUGUGAAGUUGGAGAAUUUAAUCCUGAAUUCUCUCCUUGUGAGCAACAAAAUAAUGGCGAGGAGAACCAGGACAACAUAGAUAGAGAAGAAGAGACGAUACCGAGGAAUGAGGAGCGAGUGGACCACUCAGACGACAACAGUCUAAGAGACGAUUUCAAAAUCACGGAAGAUGGUCCAGGACCUCUCCCCUUAGAAGUGGCAUCACACCAUUGUGAAGACUUACAAACGCAAGAGCACACGGAUGGAUCAAGUAUUAAGGCCAAUGACCAUGUAGAGGUCGAAAAGGUCAAACAGGAAGAGGAUGAAGAAGUCCAUCACUUCUCCAUCCCUGGUGGUGCUCACAAUGAAACAACCCAAGAACAGGAACUCCUGGAUGUUUCUGAAGAGACGAUAGAGGAUUUUAAGACGGACCAGGAUGAUGGAGAAAAGGAAAAGGGUAAAGGGACUGAAGAUGUGAUUCCUGAAAUUAUAAUAAGCACGCUGGAAAAUGUCUCAACAGAAGAUGGCAAGGAACCGAGUUUGGGAAGGACACAGGAGGAGAGCUUGGGGAUGGACGACACCGUAGUGAAAAUCUGGGACGAGCUGGAGGAGGUUGUGUGUGAAGUGAUCGAGGACGAGGAAAGAAAGACGGUGGAGGUCCGUCAUAGCGGCGAGGACAACAAGACGGUGACAACUUGGGGAAAGAACCCUGAGGAUACGGAGAUCAACUUACCAGAGAGGUGUGGCCAAGAUGGAGAAGUUAUUGAAACAUUAGUAUCUAAAGAAGAUGAACCAAUACUUGAGGAAGUGACAGAAAUGCCAAGUCUUAGAAGUAUAGCUCUAAAAGCGAUCAAGUCUGAAAUUCCAGAGUCCAGAGAAGGUGUGAGUGUUGACGAGCGAGGACCAGAGAGGUAUGUACAAGAACUAGUUACAGAAUUGCUGGUGCCCAAAGACAAAGUCAUACUUGAGGAAGUGACAGUGAACCGAAGUCUGAGAAAUACAUCCCUUAAGGAGGUCAGGUCUGAUGUACCAGACUCCGGAGGAGGCAUGAUGCUUGAGGCCGGAAUCCCAGAGAGGUAUGAACAAGAAGAUACAGUUACAGAAAAGUUGGUACACGAAGAAGAACACAUUUCUGAGGAAGUGGCAGUGAUGCCAAAUCUUAGAGCUACAUCCUUGAAAGAGGUCAAGUCUAACAUCCUGGACUCCAGGGAAGGCAUGAGGUUUGACAACGGAGGCCCAGAGAGGUCUGAACAGGUAGGUACCAUUACAGAAAACUUGGCGCACAAGGAAAACAAAGAUAUUUCUGAGGAAGAGACAAUGAGACCAAGUCUUAGCGAUACACUCCUGAAAGAGGUGAGGUCCGACGUUCCAGAAUCCAGGGAAGAGUUCAGAUUUGAAGAGCAAGGAACAGAGAGGUGUGAGCAAGAAGGUACUGUUAAAGAAUUGUUUGUGGCCAUGGUUAGCGAUCCACCCCUGGAAGAGGACAGGCCUGAUGUUCCAAAAUCCUCGAAAGGGUUGAGAUUUGAAGAACAAGGAACAAAGAGGUGUGAACAAAAAGACCGAGGAAUAGGAAGGAAGCUAGUCAUCUCCAAGAUGCCCAAUGUUUACCAAGUGAAAGCGGUGCCAGUUGUGCCACCCAAGCCCCAACACUGUAUGCUCGCCGCCAGGACCCUCCGACAACAGCAGCAGCAGCGAGAAAAGAGGGACCCCGACGGGCCAGACGACGUUGGCCCCAUCCGGGACUCGCCCCGGAACAGCCCUGUCAGCAUCUGCUUCGACGAGGCUGUCGCCAUCGCCACCAUGAGGCGAGAAAAAGAGCGCGGAAGCGAGCGAGAGCGGCAACGGGACUGGAUGGGUGAAGUCCAGUGACGGUCCGAAGCGACACUACUCGCUAAAAGUCCAUGAUAUUGGACUUCCGGGUGAAAUUUCAGGGUGAACCUUUAAUGUAGUAAAGCCUUUGAAGGGGAAUUUAAAGAAAGUGACCAGAAAAUUGUAUUGUAAAUAUGACACACCGCAGAGAAGAGUAUUAUUGACAACGUCGCAGCCCCAAUACCGUUGCAGUGGACCGCUGGAAGCUAUUCUAGUUGCCGGCAGGCUAGCCCGGGGCGGCAGAGCACCACUUGACACCAGUGACGUUGUAGCCAAAAUAACUUCAGGGAACAUCUACUUUUCAAGUUGCAAGCAUAGCUUUGGAUGUAGAAAUGUGCCGUGUCCGAUCUCAAUAAUUCAGAACGAAAGCGUUCUGUGAUGUUCUCUCAGCUGACCGAUAAAAAUUCUCGCAUAACUGGUCCUACUACAACAAAGGGCGGACUAGUUACGUGGACCUCGAGCUGGAUGUCAAGCAUACCGAACACCAAUUGUAUGCAAAUAAAGCAGGAAAUAAAUGUAUUGGUCGAAUCUUGGCUCAAACACUUGUUGUGAAUUUUGCCAUUCAGCCCCUCGUUAGAUAAGAGCAAAUUAUGGAGGAAAAAAAAAAAAAACACUUAACAUUGUGAACAACUGAACGUGGUCCAUUCCAAAGUUGAAAGGUCACCUGUUAAGUUUGUUGUGCGUUUUUUAGUUCAUCCUGAAAUUUCCCCCGAAGGCCCAAUAUCACUGUUUUGAUUGAGUAGUAGCUUUUGAUUCAACAUUUCCUCUGGGCAUGAAAAUGGGAACAAAUGGGCCAACAAAGG